CAGUCACAGUGAAGGCGACUCUCGCAAGUUGCGAAAGUGUCAUGAACCCCGGCUAAGCUCGCAUGUAGGGCGGUUUGCACCUGUUUCCGGCUUGUUGGUCCUUGCGAUGUGUGUGACCGAGGCGGGGCGGGACAGGGGAAAUGGCGAUGGCGCGGCGCGCGGCGCGCGCGGCGAGUUUCUUACUGCGAAAUGCACAGACACAAAGAGUGAUUGAGAAGCGAAGGCACUCACUUCAUCAAUUGCCAGUAGCAAGUGAAGGCUGCACCGAGUCGCCCGCCAUCGCACCACGGCGCGAUGGAGCUUCAUUGCCAUAUAAGGUCGACCAUGCCGCUCGUCACUUACACUCACCCCUCCUGCAGACCAGUAUGAUCACCGACGCCGAGAUCCUCGACAUGUACGACACCAUCUCGUCGUACUGCACCACGCGGCCCGGCAACAUUCCACACGAAGUAGUGGCGCACAUCAUGACGUUCGUGCGCGACGGCGACAUACCCGCGUGCAUCUUGACCAACAGCGCCUUCUACCUCGCCGCCAAGCCGCACCUGUACCGCACCGUGUCACUGGACUGUUACCUGAACGUGUACGGCCCGCGCCACGCGAUGGUCGACAUGGACAUAUGCACGUCCGGGACGACGCGUCCCCGCCCCUUCUUCCGCCGCGCGUGGAUGACGCGCUUCUGCCACACCCUCGAUGUGGCGCCGCACCACCCCUCGGUGUGCGCGUGCGCAAUGGACCCCCCGAGCCCCUUCUCCUCCGGCGCCACAGACACUUCGCCACACAUACCCCCGCUUCCGCACCUCCGGUUCCUGCACCUCCCGUUCGACGUGCACCUCUCCCUCCACCGGAACGAGGUUCCCUCGCCGUGCGGCGUGCACGGUCUGAAGCCCGUCCACCUGGUCCAGCACGAUGUUUACUGGACCUCGCGGCGGCCGGCGACCACGACCGUUGCGGGGGUCAAGUCGUACACCGCCAACCUGGCGGAACACGAGCUGCGCACGCCAGACUACCGCCCGCUCAUCCUCCAACCUCCGGACAUGCAGCCGGGCGCGCACCUGACGCUCGUGGCUCCACGCCUCUUCGCGACCUCCCCCCUGCCGCGGCAGUGCGAUGUCUUCCGCACGCCCGCCUGCCUCACCAUACUCAACACGCUGUCCCCGCGCGCCCGCGUGGGCUGGUACGCGCGCUCCUGCCCCGACGCGCGGUGCGCGCACCACCUCGUGCGCAAAGUCGGCCGCGCCGUCGCGCAGUUCGCGCUGCCGGACGCGCCCCGCAUCCGCCUCGUCGGCUUCGAGGUGCUGUGCCGCGGCCGCUCCCUCGCCGUCUACCGGCACCUUGCGUGGCUCACCCGCGCACACUUUACCGUGUUUGCGGAGAUUGCCGCUGCGGCUGCGCGCGACGACGAGGCUGCGGCGUGGCGCGCGCGCGAGGGGCCGAUGGACGCGUUCCUCCUCGUCCCCGCGUCGCACUGGGACCGGUGCGACUUGGGGCGCCAGGCUGCUUCCCCUGCCCAGCGGAUGCUGCGGAAUGCGUCGCGGAGGACGCGAGGGCGUGCGUUGGGUGAUUGGCAAGACAGCUGGUGGUGAGCGGUGUCAGGUCGUCAGAGGUUAUGGAGAAGCUUGCACGGGAGCGGGGCGGGUCGAAUGAUAGGGGUGCGUAAGAACAGUCGGGAGCCGCCUUGAUUAGCAUGGAGUGAGCGAGCGAGGUCCAUCGAGAACUGAAGUCGCCGUAAAGCGCGACAAAGAUAGAACACGAG